AACCAGCAGCUCACAUCGUAUCAACCAUCAACAUGUCGUGAUGACCGAUCAUAGUUGCACAUAGCUAAAUAAAUAAACAACAAUAUGACGGGGAUUUUUAUUAAACUUACUUUAUUAUUCUCAUUAUAUCAUUCAGAUUGUUUGAGGUUUUCUGCUGUGACCGCUCAAGAGAGUGAUGAGCUUGUGCUGUCAGAGGAUGCCGACUUGGAGAACAUCCCCAAGUUUGUGGAGUCAGAAGACCUGGACUCUCUACCGAAGAGGCAGUUCAAGACAGCCGAGAUCGCAGAUGCUGUGAUGGGAACCGAAGCCCCCAUCGACCCAUCUGACAUCGAGUCCCUUUUCCCCAAAAAUGUGAAAGACUUCCAGUCGGGCUUCUCCCCGCCUUGUGAUGAGAACAGUGCCCAGUGUGGUUCACCUGCUCUGGCUGCUAAAGCAGAAUCACUGGAGGAGAAUAGUGACGAAUCAUCACAGCAGCUCAUUCUUGACAUAGUGCGUGCGGACAUCACGCCAACUGAGGAGCAGAACACCACAGAGACUGCCAAGACGUACAAGGUGAACUGUGAUAAGAGGAACAUCACAGAAGUGGACAGUUUCACUGUGCAGGUCCUCAACGCUUCUCAGGACCUGAUGGAGUUCCUGAAUGCUAACAGCACCGAGUGCUCCGUGGUGCUGUUCUUCACCGCCUGGUGCCAGUUCUCAGCCAGCCUGGCUCCUCACUUCAACGCCCUGCCCCGAGUCUUUCCCAGCAUGCACUUCAUGGCACUGGAUGCCUCGCAGCACAGCAGCCUCUCCACGAGGUUUGGGACCGUGGCAGUGCCCAACAUCCUGCUGUUCCAGGGGGCCAAACCCAUGGCUCGCUUCAACCACACCGACAGAACACUGGAGACGCUCACCUCCUUCAUCGCCAACCAGACAGGGUUUGAAGUUGGCCCCGACAAAAACGUGACGGAUACAGACCACCUCGGCCCCCUCCCCAGCGUCCCGGUGAAGAGCAUCGACUGGCUGCUGGUCUUCUCUGUCCUCUUCAUCUCAGGCUUCACUACGUACGCCAUCCUGCGGACAGACAGCAUCCGCUGGCUCAUACCGGGACAGGAGCACGAGCAUCAGGACUGAAAACACACAGGCUGCAGGUCACUGGAUUAUUUGAUAAACGAUUUAGUCUGUUAUUAAAAUUAACAAUUUGCUAAUUUGCUUAUGUUUCAAGUGAACAAAAUAAAUGUGUGUGAGCCAUUGUGAUUUACAAUAAAGAAUGUAAUGAUUGUAGCUGUUAACAUUU